AUGUUGUUCGCCAAAUCCACCUUUCUGCUAUCGUUGUUCGCCCUCAGCAACAUUGCGGCUGCUGCGCAGUCCCCUGCUUGCCUUAUUUCUGCUCUGGGCUCCGAGAAAACCCCCGGUGACUUGAAGGCUGUGUGCGUCGAUAGAGUGCAGAAGAAAAUCGCAGAUGUAUGUGGUGAUGACAAGCAGGAAGCUUUGAAGCAAUUCGCCGACACCUGCUCUGCUGCUGGCCACAAAGUUGUCAUCCACUCGACGAGCUCCGCCGAUUCCACGUCUACCAGGACCUCUGGCGGUUCCAAGUCGACCAAAACCGGCACCAACACUGGUUUUCUCUCUGCUUCUGCGACCAGCACCUCCGACUCUAGCUCCAAUUCCGGGUCCAGCCCCAGCUCGGCCUCCGAUGGAACUCAGCACACUAACUCGGCUGGCUCGUCCGACAAACACGUCUCCGCUGCAGCAUUUGCGGCAGUCGUCUUCGUCGGCUUUGCUGCCGCGUUGUAA